AUGUUUCAUGGAAUUCCAGCACCGGCUAGGCAUGGGAGCUCCCGGAAAUAAACCCGAAUUGUAUGAGGAGGUGAAGUUGUACAAGAAUGCCCGGGAGAGGCAGGUAUGACAAUAUGGCCGAACUCUUUGCCUGUGGUGACGACUCUGCAGGCUCUAGAGAAGGCGUACAUCAAGGACUGUGUGUCCCCCAGCGAGUACACGGCUGCAUGCUCCCGCCUCCUGGUUCAGUACAAAGCAGCCUUCAAACAGGUCCAGGGGGCGGAAGUUGGAUCCAUAGAUGACUUCUGCCGGAAAUAUCGGCUGGACUGUCCUCUGGCUAUGGAGCGCAUUAAGGAAGAUCGUCCAAUCACAAUCAAGGAUGAUAAGGGAAAUCUGAACCGCUGUAUAGCAGACAUUGUCUCGCUCUUCAUUACUGUGAUGGACAAGCUGCGGUUAGAGAUCCGAGCCAUGGACGAGAUCCAGCCAGACCUACGGGAACUGAUGGAGACGAUGAAUCGCAUGAGCCACCUUCCUCCAGACUUCGAGGGUAGAGAAAAAGUCAGCCAAUGGUUACAGAAGCUCAGCAGUAUGUCGGCAUCAGAUGAACUCGAUGACUCUCAAGUCCGUCAGAUGUUGUUUGACCUGGAAUCCGCGUACAACGCCUUCAACCGAUUCCUUCAUUCCUAA